GCAUGAUCAGUCUAAAUCGAGCAGCGAUCAGAGGAGCAUGGCGAGAUCAGGGCGCAGUUCGAGGUUUCUUAUCGGCGGCAGCACUUGCUGCUGGGUGCUUCUGGGUCUUAUCUGCCUGGCUCUGGCGGACUCGGCCCAAGUGAAAGAGCGCAGCCCUACCAUCUUGGCGGGAGACACAAUUCAGGCGGUGGAGAGGCUCUUCAAUCAGGUGCUCUACUCGACCAUCGAAGAUGCCCGCCAAAGACUUCCGGCUCUUCCGGCCAACGAAACCAUCGAUCGGCAGUACUUCGAGGAGCUCGACCUGGUUGCUGGGAACGAGGACUACUACAGCACUGCCUUCUAUAUCUUCGCCUGGAUAAACAGCGACCUCAUGUACCACAAGACUCCAGAUAAGUUGCUCGUCGAGGUUCUUCCCGGCGAGAAGAUCGCCAUCCGCAGAUUCUUCGCCAAGGUCAAGCCGCAUCUCACCAAGUACCUGCGACUCAGUCGACAAGACAGGGCUGAAUUGGUUUCCAACGUCACCCAAUUGGCCACCGAAACUGAGGACGGUCUGAUCACAACCUUCUUGGAGUUUCCCCAGAACCUGAAGAGCCAACUUCCUGAGCUCCAGCUAAUGGACUACACCAAAUUGGCUCAGGCUUUGGUCCAGGGAGUGGCCAGUGGUAUAUGGACGAAGGCUUAAGAUUAAUAGCUAAAUAUUUAAACAAUAUCAUAGAAUUAGGAACUGUAAUAAAAUGAGACAUGUACUUUAAACAAAAA